AUGAACCGAGCGCUGUUCUCUCGUUUUCUGUCUUUGCGACGUGUUCUUACGCAGCAGCCAAAACGUCUUGGGUCUGGCGGUCAUCACGAGGUUUUGAAUCCUGGACCACCUGUGACCCUCGACUAUAUGGCCGUGCCUUUCCAGCCGUACCAAAAAGUACACGCUGAGUUACAGUCGAAAUUCAACACAUACCUCGCAAUUUCGGCGACAAUGUUCGUCGUGUCAUUGGGACUGGCUAUCUACACGGAUCUGUUUGUGUUCGAAGCCAUCCGCACGCCGUUGAGCUACAGAAAUCGUCACAAACAAGCCUAA